UGACAAUAGAGGGCGCUAUUUCGAAAAAUGGCGACUACCAUGCAUGAGUUGUAACGAACAAGAAGACCAUUCUUCAGAACUUAAACAUUGGCAAGUGUGGCCCUCAAUAGGCUAGGACUUGGAGACAGCCCUAGUCACCCUUGAGCUUCCAGAACGGUCAGUAGCUAGCCCGCACGGCCAUGGACUCCACGGUGGUCGCCACCGUGCUGGACACGCUGGCCCGCGCCACCAGCCAGGACACGGCCGUCCUGAAGCCGGCUGAGCAGCAACUGAAGGCCUGGGAGAACCAGGCAGGGUUCUACUCUGUCUUGCAGGCCAUCUUCUCCAACCGCAGCCUGGCCGAUAAUGUCCGCUGGCUGGCAGUGGUGUACUUCAAGAAUGGCAUCGAGCGCUACUGGCGGAAAACUGCACCCAAUGCACUCUCGGAGACAGAGAAAUCCAAGAUCCGGGCGCAUCUCAUCGUGGACUUCCAGGAGCCCGUUGGCCCCAUAGCCACCCAGUUGGCUGUGCUGAUCAGCCGGGUGGCCCGCACCGACUGCCCCCGCCACUGGCCGGAGCUCAUCCCCACGCUUCUGGCCGCCAUCCGCCGUCCGGAGCACCUGGAGCAGCAGAGGGCACUGUUGACCUACCACCAUGUGGUCAAAACCUUAGCCAGCAAGAGGCUAGGCCCGGACAGGAAGCUCUUCCAAGAGCUGACGGCCAGCACGUUUGGCUACCUGCUGGAGCUGUGGAACAACCACUUGGAGGCGUUCUUGCACCAUGCCGGACUGGACGACCGCCACAACAUGACUGUCCUGCUGGAACUCAGCACCCUGGCUCUCAAAGUUCUACGUAAACAGCUGAUAUAUGGCAUACUCGAACCGGACAAAAACCCUGACGCAGUGAUGCUGUUGCAGCUGGUGUUUCAGAGAAUUAGACCGGUUUUGGAAAUAAGAGGAAAGACCCCGUCCGAGGAACACCUGAGGGAAAAAUUGGAAAAGAAAGUCCUGCUGUUGAUGAAAACGCUGCUCGACACCCAGGACACCUUUCCUCUGUCUUACGUCGCCUUCAUCCGGCGAUCCUUGGAGCUGAGUGUCUCCUAUGUCUUUGCUGAGGCCGGCAAGGGCCUGCUCUUUGAGCGCUUCAUCGUCCUGAACAUGAACCUCAUCAAGAGCAUCGUCAAGUGCGACUACUGCCGCACGUCAAAGGUCAUCGAAGAGACCAAGGAGCAGGGAACCAUCGAUGCCCACAAGGCAAAGAAUGAGUUCUUUACUGAAAGCACACUACGGGAGAUGUGCCACAGGCUGCUUGCACAGUAUUUCCUAUUAACACAGGAGGAUUUAGAAAUGUGGGAAAAUGAUCCUGAGGGCUUCACCAUUGAUGAAGGAGGGGAGUCCUGGAAAUUCACUUUGAGGCCGUGCACGGAGGUCUUGUUCUUGGCAUUGUUCCAUGCUUACCGGGAAGUCUUCACGACCGUGUUGCUGCAGAUGGUGCAAAGCGUUCAAGGAAUUGUGGAGCCAACCAACAUGGAUAUGAUGUUGCAGAAGGAAGCAGUGUACAAUGCUAUGGGACUGGCUGCAUUUGAGCUGUUUGAUGAGGUCGACUUUGAUCAGUGGUUCACCAACCACCUCCUGAGAGAACUCAGUGAUAAACAUCCGAGAUACAAGAUAAUCAGGCGGCGAGUCAUCUGGCUAAUAGGUCAGUGGCUGGGGGUCAAGCUAGCACCCAGUCUGCACCCUACUGUGUACCAGGCUGUAUUACCCCUUCUGGCUGAGGAUGAAGACCUAGUGGUCAGGAUAACUGCCGCUCAGACGCUCAAGAUCGCUGUUGACGAUUUUGAGUUCAAGAAGGACAACUUCCUCCCAUAUUUGGAGUCCAGCUUCGCUCUUCUCUUCCAACUACUGAAGCAGGUGUCUGAGUGCGACACAAAGAUGCACAUACUGCAUGUAUUGUCGUUUAUUAUUGAGAGAGUUGAAGCCCAGAUCAGACCGUAUGCAUCCAGCUUGGCCCAAUACCUGCCCCUUUUGUGGGAGGAGUCAUCAGAGCACAACAUGCUGAGGUGCGCCAUACUCUCAACACUUGUACAUCUCGUUCAGGGCCUCGGUUCAUUAAGUGUCCAGCUCUAUCCCUUCCUCCUUCCCAUCAUCCAAUUCAGCACUGACGUCUCACACCCCCCACACGUCUAUCUCCUAGACGAUGGUAUCGAUCUGUGGUAUGAGACCAUCCAGAAUGCCCCAGCAAUGACCAAAGAACUCCUGCAGUUGUUUGGCAACAUGCCAGAGCUAUUAGAGUUGGGAUCGGAAAAUCUCAAGACAUGUUUCCAGAUCAUCACAGCAUACGUGCUUUUAGGACCUAAUGAGUUUAUGCAGAAUUAUUCAGGAGCUGUGUUUGCCGGCUGCGUCAGUCUUCUAGACAACGUCAAACCAGAGGCAAUUGUCAUUGUUAUGAAGCUGGUGGAGACGAUAUUCAAAAUUUUCCCCGUGGAAGGCCCACAGAUAUUCCGGCAACUGCUCCACAAGGUGUUCCAGAGGAUACUGGACAAAGAGGAGUACCCAACAGUGAUGUCCAUGUACCUGUCUGUCGUGGCCAGGAUCAUCCUCAAGAACCAGUCGUUUUUCUUCUCCUUCCUCGAGCAAUACAGCCACUCCACUAAUGAACAGCCUGAUGAGAUUUUUAGCAAACUGCUCGUUGUCUGGUCAGAGAAGAUGGACUGGAUCACUCAGGCUGAGCGACGGAAGCUGAGCGCUCUGGCACUCAUGGCAUUACUACCAUCCAACUCAAGGGUUGUUACGGAGAAGUUUCCGGAUGUUGUGUAUGCGGUGGUGGAAGUCCUCCAUGAUGUCUGUAGGGAAGAAAAUGGAUCUCAAGUCGACUACUUGGUCAUGGGAGACAGAGAGGACGUGGAAGAUGAAUACGAGACGGAAAAUGACAAAAGGAAAAGACGGCUGUCGUUGAAGGACCCGGUGCACUGUACGUCACUGAGGGAUUUUGUCAUACUGCAGUUCACCGAGUUUGAGCGCAUCCAUGGAACACCCACUUUCACCAAGCUGAUGGAGUCGAUUGACCUGGAGGUCCGCCAACAACUGGAAAAUUUCUUCAAGUAGAAAAUGACUAAUGGUGCAGUGCGUGCGAAAUGUGGCGAUUGUGUGAUUGUGACUUCGCGUAACUUCUUUUUAUCUCUGAGCAUUAGACAGUGGGACCAGACAAGAUGCGGAAGUUGGAGGAUUGUAAAUUAAGUAAACAGCUCCACCUGAGGCAUUGCCUGUUGUAGAUUUGAAAACGUUCAGUCUUCAUCACGGUUGAGACUGGAGAAAUGCACCUUGUCUCAGGCAAGCAAUUAUUCUAUAUGAUUGUGCAUCGCAACACUUUUUAUUCAAGAACUUUUUAUUGCUGUUUGGCCAGUAUUGUGGACCUGUGUGAGAGAGGUCAUCUUUUGCGGGAAUCGAGCGAUGGAUGCGAGUAGGAACUGGGUUAUUUCCAUGAGGUUGGGGCACAAUUUGUGACGGUGUCAAUUGCUACACGGGUUCCGUAAAAAUGAACAGCUAUUU